UAGAAUUUCAUUAUUUUGAUUUCACUGAAGAGUUGUCAAAUGCAUGCUGUCUCUGCCUGCCGACUCUCUUCCACCCUGAAACAUUGGAAAUUUACUCCACCUUGAGUAAAUUGUUGGAGUAAACCCAGUGUACUUGUCAUUCUUUUUCAUUUACAUACUGAUUGUCUUUGAAAAAUGUCAACUAUCAGCAAAUUGAGCUAUUUGAUAAGUAAUGACUAGAUUCAAGCAGGAUUUAUCUAAACUGAGCUCAAAAAGAAAUCAAAAGGUUUGCUUUGCCUUAACCCUAACCCUUUCACCAGAAUAGGUGUUGCUGGCAAACAGCAGAAACAAUGUACUUUGUGAUUUAAAGGUGUAACAGCUGAUGAAUGCAGCAGCCAGAAACACUGCUAAACAUUACAGUCCUUGACUGUGACGACAGUCUCUACUGGAAAUUAGUUUUGCAUUGCAUUAUGGCUCGAUGCUGGUCAUAGCUGUGACAGGAGGAACUACGUUUUAAAUUGAUAACAUUUCAUAGAGAUGUUUAACAGGUUACGAUGAUGAAGUGAUGACAUUUUUUACACAAAAGGUCAAAGGUCAGCUUCACUGUGCCAUCAUAAUGUCCUAUAAUAAUUUGGCCAUUACUCAACACUAUACUGGCGGAGGCAUACAACCACAGGGUUGUAAUUGUAGUUUUUCUCACGUGUUCAGAAUAUGGAACCUGAAAUAAAAACUGAAAUAAAUACUAGUUCUUAUUUCACACGGUUGGAUUCUAUGACCUAAAUGUGGUUUUUCAUAUCAUGUGUCACAAGCAGACAUGAGGUUUUUCAGUGGUCAUCAGGUCACGUCUUUGUGAUUUCCAUGGUUUUGGUCUCAUUUCGCUACUGGUCCUGAGAUGAGCAUAGUUAGAAAUAAUUUAAUUCAUAUAUAAUUGGCAAAAACUCUUAAGCAGAUAUUGUUCUUUUCACAUGACAUUUGAUGAUUUAAGUUUUCCUUAAUGAAGAUCACAAAUAUAAGACCAUAGUCUGUCUGUUUUUAUUUUUUUUGUUUUGUUUUUUCAUUUACCAUGACAUCUAUGGGUGAAAUAAAACUACACCUAGUCUAAUGUAAGGGAAUCAAAAACCAUAUUGUUAGAGCUAAUAACUGACCAGUGAAUGCCUCUAGAUUAAUCCAUUGCACUUUCAUGUUUUCUGCAGUAUAUUAAACCUACCUAUGCCAAUAUGGGAAACAAAUUGCUGAAUUAGAGCCCCUUUGGCUUGUAAAUUAGCAGCAUGCACCUUUAUUUCAAUAAGGUACAUGAGUUACUGUGAAAACAAAUAUGCAGCACACGCCUUAAAGGUAAUAUUUACUUAUGGUGUUCUGUUUAGUGAGGUAAGCCAAGUAGACAAAAACGUAGGCAGUCAUUCUGUGGAAGUAGAAGUCGUCUGUUUAGCAGUAGAGUAUAGAUAUAGGUGUAUUUGUAUAAAUGAUUUUUGGUGGAAUGAUGGAAUGAUGGAUAUUUAGGAGGGAUGGCAUGACUGGACCUUUGACCUAAGCAACAGGAUCGAAUCGUUUGUUCUUCUCGAGAGAGGUUUUAUCGGCAGCCAUGGCUACCUUGGGACAGAUCAUCUUCUACAGCAUGAUUGUCCUCAUCGUCCUAUUCACAGGCCUCAUCAUCCUCAUCUUGUCUCUGGCCUUCUCAGGGUCCACAACCGAGGUGACGAGCAGCAACCGAUCACCUGUUGGCAACCUUGGCGAGGAUGAGCUUCUCAGCUGCUAUCUUCUAACACAAAGAACCGGCUUCAGCCGGGUGUCAGUUACCUGGCAGAAGACGGGCAUGAAGGGACUGGUUUACCAGUAUACGGACGGAUCUCCGAAUCUCAGGGAGCAGAACUCACAGUUCAAAGGGAGAACUAAUCUUAUUCUUGAUGAUGUAGUCAGAGGGAACGUCUCUCUGCUGCUGAGGAGUGUGAGGAGCAGUGAUGAGGGGGAGUACACCUGCAGCGUUGACUCCUCUGUAGGCGGAGGAACCAUCAGCAUUAGUCUCAGAACAGGAGCCUUUUCAGCCCCCACAUUUACAAUCUCAAAAGGCUUCCUGGUUGCUGAGGCAAUCAGGUGGUACCCUGAGCCAAACGUGACAUGGUUUGACCGUUUUGGAAACGACCUGCGGGGAAACACAAACCUCACACAAAGCUCUAUGGGGAUAUACAGUUUAGUCAGCUCACUGAAUAUAACCGAAGACAGUGGCACUUACACCUGCAGCAUUGAAAAUAGCCUGGUGAUCGUCGUCUCUAGGGCAACUAUAACAGGCUCUAACGUUUUGUGGACCACAUACUUCACCUACAGCACUGCAUCGUCCCUGCUGGCAUCGACUUACCUGAGCAUCAUGACCAGUGUCCUCUGCACCUUUUAUCUGUCCUAAUCACACACACACACACACACACACACACACACACACACACAACACACACACACACACACACACACUCCACCUGGCUGUGAAUCUCCUCUGGUGUGUGUGUGUGUGUGUGUGUGUGUGUGUGUGUAUGCGUGUUGGAUUCAUGCAGUGGCAGGACUUUUCAGAAUCUAACAGAAGUAAUGAGUCAAAGAUUAUCUAUGAAGAUUCUUUGGUUUUUAAUUUAUUACAGUGGGUGUCAUUGUCCUGUAACAGUAUUUAACUGUGUGGCGCAUUUUCUCCAUCAACAUCGACCUUUUCUUGUUAUUUUCUCUGAUGUGUGUGUGUGUAUGUUUUAGGUGAAAGCUCUAUCUAGAUUAUUUGUCAGUAAAGAUUUUUAAAUUCUAAUUAGAUUUUUUAUUUUUAUUUUGUCUGUCCACAUAACAUAAACCAGGAUGGACACUCCUCAGGGAGAAAAUAAGAAUAAUAUCAUAAAGAGAUGAAACAGUAUCAUAUGAUGGCUGAGAGCCAUUUUAUCUUAUCAAAUUAGCACCUUAACAUUUCUUGUAUUACUGAGUCAAUAAAUAAAUACAAUGAAUUUCA